AAGAACUCGGCUGCAAGUUCACCAGAAGAUUGAAAAUCUUGCGCAGACUUAUCGGUUUUGGCUGAAAAAUCAAAAGACUGGUGCUGGCGCCAUACCUUGGACGCAUUUCUGGCGUAUACACAGUUUUUUGGGGACACUCCCGGCCAACGACCCAUCAAGGGCUCAAGAGAGCCAAGUUACUGUUGAAGAGGUCAUCAUGGAGAUGAUAAACGGCAGCGACAACGCUGUCGUUGACAAUGAGAACAGGCUGCAAUGGGAGGAGAGUGCACCCACCAGACCUCUGGACAUCCCAGGACCGAACUCCCCGUCCACGUGCAGCCCGGCCUCCAGCAGCCCGGCCUCUCCCAGUCCGGCCUCUCCCAGUCCGGCCUCCUCAAGCCCGGCCUCCUCCAGCCCUGCUAUCAGCAGUGCCACCCCUGCUGGUGUGGCUACUACAAGCCGGGGUCCAAAGAAGAGGAAGGCGGGUGACGACUUCAAGCAGCAAAUACUGGCUGAACACAUACUGCUGAGGGAGCAGCUGGUGGCGAGCCGUCAGAGAGUACGAGCAAAGAGAGAAACACAUGCAAAUGCAAGAAAAGUUUUUUAAUGCAAUGUCAAAAUAUUUAGAAAAAAGUUCCAAAUAAAGUUGCUGUAAUUAGGAAAUGGAAAAUGCAGCAUCCACCCAAUCGCAACAGAUUGUUACAAAGGAAACCUGUUUGGUCAAGAGUGUACGGGUUUUCAUUGUAGGAAUUUGCUACAAUUGUAUGGAUGCCUCAUUUUCCAUUCCUUACUUCACCCAUCUUGUGGGUUUUGUACAGAAUACUUUCUUCAAUGUGUGCUAAAUCACUCUUUUGAGUGCAGAAGAAUACUUGUGCGCUUAGUAGAAAUUAACUUCUGCUAGGCGCACAAGUAUUUGAUGAUGACAGUGGACUCACUGACCUACCGAAGCAUGAACGUCCACAAAGCUUCAGCACAAAAUUCUCAGCUCUGCUGGAAGUGCCUGACAAGAGCUGCUCUCACAUCACCGCCUGCGCCUUCCUCAGCAUCUGUGCUGUGGUCAGGCUGAUGGAGGCCGCCAUCAUUGUUUUGAGCCUCGACCAACCAGUGUUGGAGCACAGUGUCACCAAAAUGCUCGCACACAUUGUUCAGAGCACAGCAGGCACGAAUGACAAGGCGGGCAUUGUCGAUGUUGCACUCCAUCCUUUUCAAGAUAAAUCGAAAUCUUGCCUUGAGCCUACCAAAGGCAUUUUCCACAAUC